UACAGGCACAGAGAGCUCCCAAGGCCUCGAGCAUACAAGCUCAGAGAUAGAGAUUGAUACAAUGUUUGACCUAAGACCUUGGAGAAGGCUUGAAGGUUUAGAACAGAAAAGUGAAACAGACACAAAGAAGAAUAAAGAUUUGUAGUUGAAGCAGAAAUAUGUUUUAAGCAAGUAGAAAUAUUCCUCAAGUAAGCAAAUAAAUAUGCUAACCAAGAUAGUAGAAAAUUUUAAAAUCUAGUAAUGGAACUUGUUACAGAGUUGGUAAAAAAGUAGAAGAUACAGCAAUAAGUUUCUGUAGAGUUACAUGAUUGGAUAAAAAGAGAUGCAUUGUGGCAAAAUCAUGUAAAACAAUUAAUGAUUGGUUUAUGAAGAUGCUAGCAAGCUUUGUGGAAGUAUUUGAUUGGAUAAGAAAUAUAUAAAAGACAUUGUAACUAGAUUUAAAAUGGCUUUUGAUGUGAUGGCAUUGGAUGUAACAACCUUACCGUCUCACCCUUCCAUGAGACUGAUUUUGCAAGAAACCAUUUUUUAAUCACCCCAUCAGUUGAGCCUCUCUACUCUGUAUCCCAAACAUGUUGUAGUGUCCGGUUAAUGUUGUCCUGUGGCUGAAAAGCUGGGAGAAAGCACAUGGUCUGUGUGCCAAUAGAUGUACCCACCCCAUAGCAGUGCUUACCUAAAGGGGAGAUCAUGGAAUCGUUUAGGUUGGAAAAGACCUUUAAACCACCAAGGUUUGCAGUGUGAACUUCCAUGCUGGCACAGGAAUGCCUCCAGCUGCGUCCUUUGCCAGCGUGGUUGUACCGAUGGCCAUAUUGCCAGCAUGGCUGUUGAGAAAUACAUUCCUCACAUGUGGCUCUGUGCAGGUCCAAGCUGGGCUCUGCUGAGCCAGGAGCCUGAGGCAAGAGAACAUGUAUUGGAGACCCUGUGCACAAUGAGGAGCACGGGGAGCUGUGGUGCCAGCCAGGGCACCGGACACUCAGAGACAGGUGGACACUCAGAGACAGGCGGCCGAGGUCUCAGCUGGGGGACCCCAGGCGUCCCUGCGCCUGCACUGUGAGGGUACAAACGCCCAGGGGUUCCUUUGCUCAGGGUCCCGCCUCUGAGGCGCCAGCUCCCGCUGUUAUUUUGUGAUUUAAUUAUUGCAUCACCUUAAAUUAUUUUAAGGAUCUGGACGUCUGAAACUCUGCUGUGGGAACUCUGGGAUAGAGCCUACAGGGAAAUCUCGUCUGACUGUGAGUGUGGGGUGACUGUGAGUGUGGGGCGUGCAGCUGCGAAGGGGCCUUAAUCCCCGCUCAGGUGGUGCCAGGGUGGCUGGCAGAGUGGCUGGCAGAGAUGAGUGGGCAGGGAGUUUCCUUAGCACGGUUGUAUCUUGGAACAUACGUUCCCACCGUGCUAAGCAAGCUCCCCUGAACUUGUUGCCCUCUGCGGGGGCCCGUGAAAUCGGGCGCAGUUCUCCUCUUUGCUGUGCCAGGGCGGUCUGUGCGGCCCUGACAAGUUAAAGGCCGCCCGCUGUGAGGGCCGAGGGCUGGGCCGGCAGCUCGGGCCGGGCGGAGCGGGAUCCGGCCUCAGGCCGCGCGGGGGCGCUGCGGGCAAAGCCCGCCGGGAGCGGGGGGCGCGGGGCUCCGGGAGAGAUCCCUCUGGGACCGGGAGAGAUCCCUCUGGGACCGGGGCACCGCGCUUCCCCCCCUCCUCCAGCACCCUCUUGCCGCCUUACGCCGUAAAUAUAAAAGAAACCUCUGCCCCCUCUCCCACAGCAGGUAGGGCUGGGCUGGCGUUUCUCUGGCACAGUGGGGUAGUUCUACAAACACUUCGUGUUGCAAAGCUGUAGGUUUGCAAUGCGCGCUUGCUUGGGAUGUCAAAUGAUGCUCGGACCUGUCAAAUGAUGCUCGGUCCUGUCAAAUGGUGUGUUGUUCGUGGUAGGCUAUAGACCCUCUAGGCAGUCUUCCAAAAUUUUACUUCCCAGUAUCUUGUCUGAUUUAUAAUUGUCUUUUAUUAUUAUUAUUGCUAAUUUUAGGAAUUCUCUGCACAUGUGAAUUCAAGUCACUUGCAAGUAGUUUUUUCUCACAUGGAUCUUUCUUUCAUUGACCAUGUUUUGGUUUUUCAGUAUUUCUUAUUUUUGGGAUGUUCCUCCAUCAGCAGGUUCACCUGCUUCAGUGGAAUUCCCAUGUACAUGGCUUUCUAUGCACCCCUGCCAAACAGCUCGGCUGUUUGUGCUCUGGAAGGUCUAAUCCAAGGAGACAGUGCUCUGAGAAGUGCUGUUGUGCUGUGAUCAUCCACUGGGUCUGCCACUUCUGCAUGUUUCAUGAUCUGUUUGCAAUCCCUUCUGCUAAUGUGGACUCCUGUUGGUGAGAGGUGCAGAGCUCAGAUGUAAUCUUGCCAGCUAGUGAUACAAACAUCAAGAACUGUGGCAGGGGAAGCCUGAAUGACUUCAGCAGGCACUUCAGUGCAAAGUCAGAGUCAUCCUUUGAGUGUAACCAAAGUGGAAUACAUGUGAAAAGGCAUCAAAGAACUUGCUGUAAUACAUAUAACAGUUUUAAGAGCAAAUCUUCUAUUUUAAAAAAUCUUUUUGUUUAGAGGUUCCAGAAUAAGAAUUAAAAAUUCUUAUUAUUCUUAUUCUGUUAAAAUUUAUUGAAUAAGGCUUAUUGUUGCCUGUUUUGGUUUUGUUUGAACAUGAAUUUAGGUAUAACAAUUGUAAGACUUCUGAUAUGUUUUACACUGGCAGAUAAUCUGUAAAAUUUGCUUAGGUUGUAUAGAACCCACAAUUGUACAUUGUACUGCUUAAGAAGAUGGUAAGAACAAAUGUGAGGGAGGAGUAUAUGUGAAAUGACAUACCAAGGCAAAAACAUAAACCUUGUAUCUUGCCUUCAUUUUUUAUAAAAUACUGUUUUCAUAGAAUAUAGUGAAGUAUGGCAGUCCUGGAGUUAACCUCCAGCCAUCCAUAUUUAUGUAUAAACAUACAUGUGUGUAUCCCCAGCUAUCUUCUGUAGAAGACUUCUUGUUGUUCUUUUCUUAAGAGUCAAAAGCCACUCUGAAGGAAAAAUCAGUCAAAAGCUUUUUGAUACAUCUGUUUUGUAUAAGCUUUAUUAGUUUAUCAGGUUUAAGCUUGAAAUGUGAUGUCUGGAGGGUGGUUUUUAUUGCUUGUGUUUUAUGUGUCCUAUUACUUGAAAGGCUAUUGUUUUCUAAUUUUGCAAAAAAUAUAGCUUCAACACCUAAUUGUUUUUUAAAUUCGUGAUUAACAUAUGCCACAUGUUGUGUAAAAUGUCACACCUUGUGCACUUAAUGUUAAGUGGUGCACUAGGUGCUUGAACUUCACAUGUUGACUCCACCCUGAGUCCACACACAUAAUAAAACCUCCCCAGCAUGGUUAACAGCACUUUGAUUCCUAGUUUGAGCCUUUCAGAGGGUAUUUAAGAUAGUUAUGAAGUGAAAUAUCUGGUUGCCCAGUCUGCAAACUGCAGUUUGGCAGGUAGAUAGUUGGAAGCAUUCUCAGUCUCACAAAAGCAUGUGAAUUGCUCUCUUGCUCCCAAGUGCUAGGAACUGCAAAGUAGCUUUGUGGCAAGAUUUCAAGGGCAAAAAAAAGGAAUUAUAUAGAAAAUAAUGCUAUUAUGAAUAAAUGAUGGCUUGAGCUUGUAAUGACUCAUGAUCUCUUGUAAUCACAAAUUGUCUUUGUGGUAUCUUUAUUAGUGUUAUGAAAAUGCAUAAACCCACUUCUCUGUGUUUUCUUUUUGUAUUGUGGGUAAAACACUGUGAAUGAAAUCAUUAUAGGGAGGCUUUUCUGCUUGAUCUCCCUGCAGGAAGUGGUAUUCUUGCAAUAUGUCUCUUAUGAUAAGGUCAGAAUUUUGUAUUCAUUUAUAGGGAAAAAAUUGUGUAGAUGUUUAUAUUCAUUUAAAAGGGGAAUUUGGACUCACUUGAGUAUCUGGGGAUUUUAAUGCAGAAUUGAAUAGAAAAGACAUUUUCAGUCUAUAUAGAACUUGAAAAAAUAUCUUGGGUGGCAGCUUUAAUGAACUUGUACCAACUUUUUCAAGUUGUAGCAUUCUGAACAACAUACGUGGCAGUUGAGUAAGACUGACAGCUUAAUCCAGUUGAGCAGGCCCCUUGUCAGCAUGUCACUGAAACUCUGAGACCUAAAACAUGUUAUGCUGCAUACCUUUCAUAGACUUUUUUUUCUUUUUAAGAGCUAAACAGUAGUGAAUUUCAGAUUAAAUACCUUCUUUUGAGGAAUGUAUGGAAGUGUGCUGUGCUUCAUGUGUAGUUUGGAUAGUUGUGUUGCAUGCAUUCAGCAGUGUCUUGGACCCUGUGCUGCCUUCAUAAAAAUAACAGAAUCAUGCAGGCUGCCACUGAGAUGUUUGGAGUGAGUAUUUAGUGUAUUUCCUCUGGGCAGUGUGUACAGUCUUCAGUGGUAAAUGAGGUAGAAAUACUGCCUAGUACAGUGUCUAUCUCCACUCUAAGUGUAGUAAAUAAAAGUAUACUGUAAAUGAAACAAUUAUAUGUAUUCCCAAUUUUAGAAAGCCUUAAGGAACAUUCUUAUUCUAUGAUAAUUUAUUUGUUUUGUCCUUGAACUUUCUUCUCCAAAUGCAAGUCAUCUUUCUGGCUUCUUUAAGCUAAAUAUAAAACAACAUUUAAACUUCCCAAAAUAAAACCCAAAAAUUCAGCUAAACCAGGCAUGUAUGGAGAAGUAGCCCUAGGGAUAAAGUGGAUGUUUGGACAAGAGACAGGUUAUUUCUGUACUUGUAGUUUUCUGGAAGGUGGUGCAAAUAUUUUAAGUGGUAAAAAUAGCACCAGAGUCCCUGCAAAACAGCACAUAAAUAUAAUAAAAGUUAGUGUUUUUGUAGUUAGCGGCUAAAACUAUGUGAAAAUGUGAAUGGUGAUGUUGUACGCCAGCUUUAAAAACAAAGUGCCUAGACUUUCUGAAUGAUAAGUGUUAUCUUUCAAAUACAGAAGAACACUUUCUGUGCGCUUCAUGAAAAUGAAGAGCUAUUGAACUCUGUCAGAUAUGAGUUUGCAAAUAUGUUGCAAAUUUUCUUAGGGCUUAAAACUUUUGCAGUGCUAAAUAGUGUCUCCUUGGCGUGCAGAGUUUAGCGUGAGUUGGUUAAUAUAUAGGCUUGGUGGUGUUUGGUUUUCUUAUCAGUCCACACAGUGAAAUGUCUUUCGAAUCUGCCUUGGAGCAGCUGGCUGGCAGCUGACGCUGCUGUUGGCACCACCCAGGUUUAAACAUGACAUCACCAGAAGUCCACCUCUGUGCUCAAGGAAGUUCAUGUGGGAGCCACGCUCUGUGAAGGGGAGCAUAACUGCUGAGGACACAGAGGGCAUGUAAAAAUGGAAUUCCUGAAAAAAAUUGUUCCCACUGCUGCUUCUGGAGAUGUUCUGGAUGUUGGGAGUACAGCCCGUGAGAGCUCUCCAAGGCUGCUGAAGAUGAGACGGGUCAGGCUGUUUUCAUUAGGACAGACAAUAGAUGAAGAUGAGGAGACACAUGUUUUACAUCCUGAUUACUCCUCCGCACCACCCAGCAGAGUAAAUAAACGUAGAGUUUCUCCAAGUGUUGUUUCCACCUGGGAAAAGAGAGGCAUCAUCAUGUCUAACAUUACUAUUGACCCAGAUGUGAAACCGGGCGAGUAUGUCAUCAAAAGCCUCUUUGCUGAAUUUGCUGUUCAAGCUGAAAAGAAAAUUGAACUUGUAAUGGCUGAACCUUUGGAAAAGCUCUUGUCCAGAUCUCUUCAAAGAGGUGAAGAUCUUCAGUUUGAUCAGUUGAUAAGCUCUAUGAGCUCAGUAGCAGAGCACUGUCUCCCCUCCUUACUACGCACCUUGUUUGACUGGUACAGGCGUCAAAAUGGAACAGAAGAUGAAUCUUAUGAGUAUAGACCUCGGUCAAGCACAAAAUCAAAGGGGGAUGACCAACAACGUGAAAGAGACUAUCUACUUGAAAGGAGGGACUUAGCUGUAGAUUUCAUUUUUUGUUUAGUUUUAAUAGAGGUUCUAAAACAGAUACCUGUUCAUCCAGUGCCAGAUCCUUUAGUACAUGAAGUUCUAAACUUGGCUUUUAAGCACUUUAAACACAAGGAAGGGUAUUCAGGAACCAACACUGGGAAUGUUCAUAUUAUUGCAGACUUAUAUGCAGAAGUGACAGGGGUUCUUGCUCAAUCAAAGUUUCAAGCUGUUAGGAAGAAGUUUGUCACUGAAUUAAAGGAACUGCGGCAAAAAGAACAGAGUCCUCACGUAGUACAGAGUAUCAUCAGUUUGAUUAUGGGAAUGAAGUUUUUUCGAGUAAAGAUGUAUCCUGUGGAGGAUUUUGAAGCAUCAUUUCAGUUCAUGCAGGAGUGUGCUCAGUACUUCCUGGAAGUAAAAGAUAAGGAUAUAAAACAUGCACUUGCUGGUUUGUUUGUGGAAAUUCUCAUACCUGUGGCUGCUGCUGUUAAAAAUGAAGUGAAUGUGCCGUGUUUGAAAAAUUUUGUGGAGAUGCUUUAUCAGACUACCUUUGAAUUGAGUUCAAGGAAGAAGCACUCGCUGGCUUUGUAUCCAUUGAUCACCUGCCUGUUGUGUGUCAGUCAGAAACAGUUUUUUUUAAAUAACUGGCACGUUUUCCUGCAGAACUGUUUGUCACAUCUGAAGAUGCCAUCUAACAACAGUAUCAGAAAACAAAUAGAAACACUGCAGAAUAAAGAUCCCAAAAUGUCCCGAGUUGCACUGGAAUCUUUGUAUAGGUUAUUGUGGGUUUAUGUUAUUAGAAUUAAAUGUGAAAGCAACACUGUAACUCAAAGCCGUCUCAUGAGCAUUGUAUCAGCACUUUUCCCAAAAGGAUCGCGCAGCGUGGUCCCACGAGACACACCUCUGAAUAUAUUUGUGAAGAUUAUUCAGUUCAUUGCUCAGGAACGUUUGGAUUUUGCAAUGAAAGAAAUAAUAUUUGAUCUUCUUAGUGUUGGAAAAUCACCUAAAACCUUCACUAUUAAUCCAGAGAGGAUGAAUAUUGGCCUCAGAGUCUUCCUUGUCAUAGCAGAUAGCUUGCAGCAAAAAGAUGGUGAACCACCGAUGCCAACAACAGGAGUUGUUCUUCCAUCGGGAAAUACUCUACGUGUGAAGAAAAUUUUUCUUAAUAAAACACUGACAGAUGAGGAAGCAAAAGUUAUAGGAAUGUCCAUAUACUAUCCUCAAGUCAGAAAAGCACUGGAUAGCAUUCUUAGGCAUUUGGACAAAGAAGUUGGAAGGCCCAUGUGCAUGACUAGUGUGCAGAUGUCCAAUAAAGAACCAGAAGACAUGAUUACGGGUGAGAGAAAACCUAAGAUAGAUUUGUUCAGAACUUGCAUUGCUGCUAUCCCAAGACUGAUUCCAGAUGGCAUGAGUAGGACUGACCUCAUUGAAUUGCUUGCAAGGCUGACAAUUCAUAUGGAUGAAGAACUUCGUGCCUUGGCUUUCAAUACACUCCAAGCAUUAAUGCUUGAUUUUCCAGAUUGGCGGGAAGAUGUUCUUUCAGGAUUUGUUUAUUUUAUUGUGCGUGAAGUGACUGACAUCCACCCAACACUUCUUGACAAUGCAGUAAAAAUGUUAGUGCAGCUCAUAAAUCAGUGGAAACAAGCAGCCCAAAUGCACAAUAAAACCCAAGAUGCUCAGCGUGGUGUAUCCAAUGGGGCUGCCCAUACCCUUCCCCUGGAGAGGACCCUUUAUUCCAGCGUAUUCCAUGUGGUGGAAGGCUUUGCUUUGGUCAUCCUUUGCAGCACAAGGCCUGCCACCAGGAGAUUAGCUGUCAGUGUUCUCAGAGAAAUAAGGGCCUUGUUCACACUUCUAGAAAUUUCAAAGAGUGAUGAUGAGUUGGCUAUAGAUGUAAUGGACAGACUAAGUGCUACUAUCCUGGAGAGUUUCAUACAUCUCACAGGGGCUGACCAGACUACUUUACUGUACUGUCCCAGUUCAAUAGAUUUACAAACUCUGGCUGACUGGAAUUCCUCCCCAAUCAGCCACCACCUUGAUGUGGUCAGUCCCUCACAUAUUUGGAUAUUUGCACAUGUGACUCAAGGACAAGAUCCAUGGAUUAUAAGCCUCUCAAGUUUCAUGAAGCAGGAAAAUCUUCCAAAACACUGCCCAACAGCUGUAAGCUAUGCUUGGACAUUUGCUUAUACAAGACUUCAGCUGCUGUCUCCACAAGUGGAUAUCAACAGCCCUAUCAAUGCAAAGAAAGUAAAUACUACUACAAGCAGUGACUCCUAUAUUGGGCUCUGGAGAAACUACCUGAUUCUUUGCUGCAGUGCAGCAUCUUCUUCAAACUCCUCCACUUCCACAGGCUCUGUGAGAUGUUCCCCUCCUGAGACGCUGGCGUCUACCCCAGACAGUGGUUAUAGCAUUGAUUCAAGAAUUAUUGGCAUUCCAUCCCCUUCCUCCCUCUUUAAGCACAUAGUUCCAAUGAUGCGCUCUGAGAGCAUGGAAAUUACAGAAUCUCUUGUCCUGGGACUUGGCAGGACCAACCCAGGAGCUUUUAGGGAACUAAUAGAAGAAUUACAUCCUAUAAUUAAGGAAGCACUUGAAAGAAGGCCAGAGAACAUGAAACGGCGCAGGCGUCGAGAUAUUUUACGAGUACAACUAGUGCGAAUAUUUGAACUGUUGGCAGAUGCUGGUGUCAUUAGUCACAGUUCAAGUGGUGGCCUUGAUAAUGAAACACAUUCCCUCAACAACACUUUACUUGAGUAUGUUGAUCUAACAAGACAACUCCUAGAAGCAGAAAAUGAAAAGGAUUCUGAUACAUUGAAAGAUAUCCGAUGCCAUUUUAGUGCCUUAGUGGCAAAUAUCAUACAAAAUGUUCCAGUUCACCAGAGAAGAAGUGUCUUUCCACAGCAGAGUCUACGCCACAGUCUAUUUAUGCUGUUCAGUCACUGGGCAGGCCCUUUUAGUAUCAUGUUUACUCCCCUGGACAGAUACAGUGAUAGAAACAUGAGAAUAAACAGACACCAAUACUGUGCAUUAAAGGCUAUGUCUGCUGUUCUGUGUUGCGGCCCUGUUGCAGACAACGUUGGGCUUUCAUCUGAUGGCUAUUUAUACAAAUGGCUGGAUAAUAUUUUGGAUUCACAAGAUAAAAAGGUUCACCAGCUGGGCUGUGAGGCAGUCAUGCUGCUCUUGGAACUCAAUCCUGACCAGAGUAACCUCAUGUACUGGGCCGUUGACCGGUGUUAUACAGGUUCCAAGCGGGUGGCAGCUGGCUGCUUCAAAGCCAUCGCCAGCGUGUUCCAAAACAGGGAUUACCAGUGUGAUACAGUGACCCUUCUGAAUCUGAUACUAUUUAAAGCAGCUGAUUCUACUAGGGCUAUCUAUGAAGUUGCUAUGCAACUAUUGCAGAUUUUGGAACCAAAGAUGUUCCGUUACGCUCACAAACUGGAAGUUCAGCGGAUGGAUGGGGUUUUGGGACAGCCUUCUCCUUUACCACAUUUGUAUUCCAUGUCCUAUUAUCAACUGUCAGAAGAAUUAGCAAGGACUUAUCCUGAGCUGACACUUGCUAUCUUCUCAGAAGUGAGUCAGAGAAUCCAAACAGCUCACCCAGCUGGGAGACAGGUGAUGCUGCAUUAUCUGCUGCCAUGGAUGAACAAUAUUGAGUUGGUGGACUUGAAACCUUUGCCAACCAUUCGUCGGCAAGAUGAAGAUGAGGAAGAUUCUCUGAAGGACAGAGAAAUGAUGGUGAACAGCAGACGAUGGCUACGAGGAGAAGGCUGGGGGUCACCACAGGCUACAGCUAUGGUUCUGAACAAUCUGAUGUACAUGACUGCAAAGUAUGGUGAUGAAGUGGCUUGGUCAGAGAUAGAAAAUGUCUGGACUACUUUGGCAGACAGCUGGCCAAAGAAUCUGAAAAUAAUUUUGCACUUCUUGAUCAGUAUUUGUGGAGUGAACAGUGAACCCAGCCUUUUGCCUUAUGUAAAGAAAGUCAUUGUUUAUUUGGGUAGAGACAAAACAAUGCAACUACUAGAAGAGCUGGUGAGUGAACUUCAGCUUACGGAUCCUGUCAGUUCAGGAGUCACCCAUAUGGAUAAUCCACCAUAUUACCGCAUUACAUCCAGUUACAAAAUCCCCUCUGUCACUUCAGGUACCGCUUCUAGUAGCAAUACAAUGGUGGCUCCCACAGAUGGCAACCCUGACAGUAAACACAUGAAAGACAGUAUUGAAGAGAACUACGCACACCUAGACAUCUACAGUGGGUUGAACAGCAACCUAAACCGCCAGCACCACAGACUGGAAUCUCGCUACAGCAGCAGCUCUGGAGGAUCAUAUGAAGAGGAAAAAAGUGAUUCAAUGCCUCUCUAUUCCAACUGGCGGUUGAAGGUGAUGGAGCACAAUCAAGGAGAGCCUCUCCCUUUCCCACCUUCUGGAGGUUGCUGGUCACCACUGGUGGAUUACUUGCCUGAAACUUCUCCUCCGGGCAUGUCACUUCACAGAUGCAAUAUAGCAGUGAUUCUGUUGACUGAUUUGAUAGUUGACCACAGUGUAAAGGUGGAAUGGGGAGGAUACUUGCAUCUUUUGCUUCAUGCAAUUUUUAUAGGUUUUGACCACGGUCACCCUGAAGUCUAUGAGCAUUGUAAACGACUACUUUUGCAUCUGCUGAUAGUGAUGGGCUCUGGCAGUAAUGUCCAGUCUGUUGCUUCUGUCCUACUCAGAAACAGAGAGUUCAAUGAGUCCAGGGUGCUUACUGUCAAACAAACUACCCAUUUAGAUUACACUUUCACAGCAGGUGUUCAUGAUUUUAUACCUGAUUACCAGCCCUCCCCAAUGACAGACUCAGGGCUUAGUUCAAGUUCUACCUCUUCUAGCAUCAGUUUAGGAAAUACAAGUGCUGCCAUUUCUCAACUGCACACCACAAUCCUCAAUGAGGUUGACAUUUCAGUAGAGCAGGAUGAAAAAGUGAAAACCCUUAUAGAAUUUAUUACCUCAAGGAAAAGAGGCCCACUUUGGAAUCAUGAAGAUGUUUCAGCCAAGAACCCUAAUAUAAAGAGUGCUGAACAGUUAACUGUGUUUUUAAAGCAUGUGGUAUCUAUAUUUAAACAGUCUAGCUCAGGAGGAUAUCAAUUGGAACAUCGUCUCAGUGAAGUUGCUUUGCAAACUGCUCUUUCAUGCUCCUCUCGCCAUUAUGCUGGGAGGUCCUUUCAGAUUUUCAGGGCUCUGAAGCAGCCUCUCACUCCAUCUACACUUUCGGAUGUUCUCUCUAGACUAGUGGAAACUGUUGGAGAUGCAGGAGAAGAAGCUCAGGGUUUCGUCAUAGAGCUGCUUUUGACUUUAGAAUCUGCUAUUGAUACAUUGGCUGAAACCAUGAAGCAUUAUGAUCUGCUUUCUGCCCUUUCUCAAACCUCAUACCAUGAAUCUGUAAUGGGAAACAAGUAUGCAGCUAAUAGAAAAAGCACUGGACAGAUAAAUCUAAGCACAAGUCCCAUGAAUAGUGGCAGUUGUUUGGGAUACUACAGCAAUACAAGGAGUAAUUCCUUGAGACUGAAUUUAAUCAGCGAGCGGAGAGGCGACCGGCGACGGAGCAACACACUGGAUAUAAUGGAUGGAAGGAUAAAUCAUGGUGGAAGUUUGGCAAGGACUAGAAGCCUUUCCUCCCUGAGAGAGGGAGGGAUGUAUGAUGUGCAGCCCACUACUGACCCUGUCAACUUGAUGGCCACCAUAUUUUGGAUCGCAGCUUCGUUGCUGGAGUCAGAUUAUGAGUAUGAAUACCUGCUGGCUCUCAAGCUACUCAACAAGCUUCUUAUUCACAUGCCUCUGGAUAAAUCAGAGAGUCGGGAAAAGAUAGAAGAGGUGCAGAAUAAACUGAAAUGGAAUAACUUUCCAGGCCUUCAGCAGCUUUUCCUGAAAGGCUUUACUUCAGCCUCUACACAAGAAAUGACAGUUCAUCUCCUCAGUAAACUCAUCACAAUUUCCCGGCACGCUUUGGUGGAUCCUUCUCAGUUAGCAGGAUUUCCCCUAAACAUCUUGUGCCUACUUCCUCAUCUGAUACAACAUUUUGAUAAUCCAACUCAGUUUUGUAAAGAAACAGCUGACAGGAUAGCAAAGGUUUGUGCAGAGGAGAAGUCACCAACUCUUGCCAAUCUGGCUCAUAUGAUGAGUUUAUACAGUACACACAGUUAUUCCAGAGACUGUUCUAACUGGAUUAAUGUAGUGUGUAGAUACUUGCAUGACUCUUUCUCAGAUGCCACAUUUAACCUCAUAACUUAUCUUGCAGAGCUGUUAGAGAAAGGCUUAUCCAGUAUGCAACAGUCCUUGCUGCAGAUCAUUUACAGUCUUCUGAGUCAUAUUGAUCUAUCCACAGCUCCAGUGAAGCAGUUUAAUUUGGAAAUCAUAAAAGUUAUUGGUAAAUAUGUUCAGAGUCCAUAUUGGAAGGAAGCCCUUAAUAUUUUGAAACUGGUGGUGUCUCGAUCAGCAAGCCUUGUUGUGCCUAAUGAUAUUCCAAAGUCUUAUGGAGGUGACAUAGGAUCUCCAGAAAUCUCUUUCACAAAAAUUUUUAAUAAUGUCUCCAAGGAGCUACCUGGGAAGACCUUAGAUUUUCAUUUUGAUAUAUCAGAGACACCAAUUAUUGGGAAUAAAUAUGGUGAUCAACACAGUGCAGCUGGUAGAAAUGGGAAGCCAAAAGUCAUUGCUGUGACCCGGAGCACUUCUUCAACUUCAUCAGGCUCCAAUUCAAAUGCACUGGUUCCUGUCAGCUGGAAGAGACCACAGCCAUCUCAGAGAAGGACUAGGGAGAAGUUAAUGAAUGUGCUUUCUCUGUGUGGUCCAGAUUCUGGUCUUCCCAAGAAUCCUUCGGUUGUGUUUUCUUCUAAUGAAGACUUGGAAGUUGGAGAUCAACAAACUAGUCUAAUUUCAGCAACAGAAGAAGUGAUUCAAGAGGAGGAAGUGGCUGUAGAAGACAAUACCAGUGAACAACAAUUUGGAGUUUUUAAAGACUUUGACUUUUUAGAUGUUGAAUUGGAAGAUGCGGAGGAGCUGCAGGGUGAAAGCAUGGACAACUUCAACUGGGGCGUUCGCAGGCGCUCUCUUGACAGCAUUGACAAAGGAGACACACCGUCCCUUCAGGAGUGCCAAUACUCUGGUAGCACACCCAGCUUGAACUUGACCAACCAGGAGGAUACUGAUGAGUCUUCAGAAGAAGAAGCAGCACUGACUGCAAGUCAGAUACUGUCUCGUUCACAGAUGUUAAUCAGUGAUUCUGCCAUAGAUGAAACAGUGUCAGAUCAUGCUGGUUUAUCACUUCAGUCUCAAGAUUCCACUAGCAGUGUGGGAACAGAAGAGGUGCUUCAAAUCAGAACUGAGACCCCAAGUUUGGAGGCUUCUUCUCUAGAUAACUCUAGCAACCAGCUGCCUGAGGAAGGCAGUUCAGCAGUGAGGGAUGAACAGGUUAGCACUGCUAGUGAAGACACUGGCUCGUACCUACUGCAUGAGCAGCAAGAAUGUCUGGUCUGUCACGAGUCUCUGGAGCUGGAAGAAACCCCAGAACUGGUAGAGGCAGCAGCUCCUGAAAGCUAUUCUGAAUCUGUCUGUGAAGAGGAUGUCACUCUUGCUUUGAAAGAGCUAGAUGAGAGAUGUGAGGAAGAAGAAGCUGACUUCUCAGGUUUGUCUAGCCAAGAUGAAGAAGAACAGGAUGGUUUCCCAGAAGUGCAGACUUCCCCUCCUCCUUCCCCCUUUCUUUCUGCCAUAUUGGCAGCUUUCCAGCCAGUGCCGUACGAUGAUGAAGAGCAAGCCUGGCGCUGCCACGUCAAUCAGAUGCUGUCAGACACAGAUGGAUCUUGUGCCGUCUAUACUUUUCAUGUCUUCUCAAGAUUGUUUCAGACCAUUCAAAGAAAGUUUGUAUCUAUAACAAAUGAUUCAGUCAGCUUUCUUGGUGAAAGUCUACAGCGCAUUGGAACAAAGUUUAAAAGUUCUCUGGAAGUGAUGAUGUUAUGUUCAGAAUGUCCAACAGUCUUUGUGGAUGCAGAAACGCUAUUGUCUUGUGGCCUGCUAGAAACAUUGAAGUUCAGUGUUCUAGAGCUCCAAGAACAUUUGGAUACCUAUAAUGUCAAAAGAGAGGCAGCAGAACAGUGGCUAGAAGACUGCAAAAGGACAUUUGGUACUGAUGAUGGUAUUCAUGGGACUAACACAGAUGCCCAGCAAAUGGAAAUUCUAGCAGAGCUGGAGUUGUGUCGGAGGCUAUACAAGUUGCAUUUCCAGUUGCUGCUUCUGUUCCAAGCCUAUUGCAAACUCAUCAGUCAAGUAAAAACAAUCAAAAAAGAAGCAGAGGUAAUAAACAUGUCUGAAGAACUUGCUGUUUUGGAGAGCUGCCUGAAAGAGGCCGAGGCAGUGUCUGACAGUGGUAUUGAAGAAAUUGAAAUUGCAGAGGCUGCCCAGGCUAGCACAGAAACAGCUAUUCACUCCCUCAUUGAAACCCUGAGAAACAGGGAAUUUGUGUCAGCUGUGGCACAGGUCAAGGCUUUCAGAUCUAUUUGGCCCCACGACAUCUUUGGCAGUUCUGAAGAUGACCCAGUUCAAACAUUGCUGCACAUCUAUUUCCGUCAUCAGACACUUGGCCAGACUGGCAGCUUUGCAGUAGUAGGCUCCAACCAAGACAUGUCUGAGGCCAGCUCAAAGCUGAUGGAACUUAAUCUAGAAAUCCGAGAGUCUCUCCGCAUGGUGCAAUCCUGUCAGCUUCUGGGGAAGAUCAAAACAGGAAUAAAUCUUGUGACCACUGGAUUCUGAACAGCUGUCAUUUAGAAAAGAACUGAUGAUGAAGAUACUUCAGACUAUUAUUGAGCACCUUUCACAAAAAACCAAAAACAAACCUCCAGCAAUCCUGACAAACAACACACUUUUAUCACAGCAAGAAACUGUUUCAUCACAAGUAAAACCCUGAACACUGAAGUGACCAUCCUACUUGACUGCUCUUUCUACACAGCAGCCUGUGUGGCAGUAGUAUUUUUUUAUUAAAUUUAUGUAUAAAAACUACAUGAAAGGAAAAGGGCUUAAACACAAUGCAUACAUAUGCAUUAUUUUCUGUUGUGACAGAACCAUAAAGGAUGUUUGCAAAAACAGCCUCUAGAGGUUGGAUCAGUAUCGCAGGUGGGAUGAGGCUAAAAUCAAAGCUGGUUUAUUUUGGCUGAAGACCUGCAAGGCUUCCUGGCUUUCCAGCAGUAAAACCAUCAGCUUAACACCUAAUGAGACACUUUGCAAUGUCAUGAAGAAUGUGCAGUCAAACAUGAGUAGAAUGAUAUAUGACUGCAAAAACCAUUGACUUCUCAGUGUUUUAUUUGCUUUUGUUGUCAGUUAUAAGGAAAUAACGUGUGUGAGUUAGAAUGUAUGGCUAUGUGACAGUUGUUUUUUUGAAGGUAUGGAUGAUUGUUAAAUAAGGUCUCAGAGCAUGCUUAAAAGAGCUGCAAGAUUAUUUUUGAAGAAAUUUUAUUUUAUUAGAUCUAAUCCUCAUAGUGUGUAAAUGUUAGGACAUUUAAUAAUAUUUUAAACUGGGAUUUCCCAGUGUUUCUAAAAGAAAUAAUAUAUCUGUUAACUUUAUUGGAAUGCUGCUCAGUUCUCUGACCAGUGCUUAUGUUAAAAUACUGAUAACAACUAACCAAAAAGUAGCUGCCUGCAGAGACUUUAAAAUGUAUAUUAAAGAUAUAUGCUGCCCAUCAGCAAUUCUCAUUAGAAGUUAACUUAUUUUAUUCUGUAUAUAUUCUAGAAACUGUAUAGUGCAAAACCAGUAUUUUUCAUGUAAAUUUGUGCAAUGCACUGUUAAAACAGUAGGUGUAUAAAGCUAUGAGGAGAAGGGGGCAUUCCCUCUUGGUAGUCACAUGCAGUACUUGCAGUCUGAGUAGCCUGCAGGGUUUGAAGAGUUUGAAGGCAUGUAUAUGCAUCUUCAUGACUCAACUGAAGCCUAAGGAAUUGGGACUACAGAAAAAAAAAAGACAAAAAAAACCCUGACUACCAAAACAUGCAAACAGGCAAUAUACUCAUGGUUCAGUGUCAAAGUCUGUAGCAUAAAACAAACUGGAUUCUGUUGAAACCAAUAGCAUUUUGUAGAAAAAAAAAAACAGAAAAAAAAAACAGAAAAAAAAGAAUGUAGUCCCACAAUUCCUGUGAUUUGAAAGGAACACCCAGUAUUUUUAUAUACAUCUCUUACCCACUGUGAUUUUUUUUAAUGGGCUCUAAUUCCAGAGUUUAGAAUGUAGAAUUGAAAUUCUUAGCUCUGCCUUUUUGGGGGAAUUAGGCCCCACUAGAAAUGUAAUUAUGCUGAAAUGCAUUAAUUGAAGGCACUGUGCACGCUGUUGGACUGCUGACAGUAGUUAUGUUAUCCUAACAAGUUCUGUAACUGGUCAAGGCACAUUCAUAUUCACUGUAUUUUUUUCCCCCUGUCCCUGAUAAAAUUUAAUUAUUUUGAUGGUUUUGUGGUACUGUA